CUGAUGCUAUUAUAUGUUUGGUUCAAAGAUACGACUGCUACCCACUUAUUCUUCUCCCGCAAAAUUUCAUUCCAUUUCUCUGUCUUUUUCUCUGCAUAAUAAUGUAACUGUAAUAUAAUCAUGCUGUUGAAAUCGGUAUCAAAGAGGUAGAAAUGAAGCCAAGUCUUAGGCUGAAGGGUUUUAAUAGAAAUUCCUUGCACGCAAGUUGUUUAUUCUGUUACCAGAUUUCUUUAGCUACAACUCUGGCAAAAUUAAUUGGUUAUCCCUUUUCAUAAUUGUUGAAAUGUCGCUUAUGUUGUCCUCUUGUACUGUUGCUUCCUUUUUGCAUAUCAAGCUUUGUAAUCUGAUACCUCAAACUCAUUCCCCGUCUGAGCUGAGAAAUUUUGUUCUUCCAUGCAAAGUUCAAUUGGGUUGUCGUACUAAAAGCUUUUCUAGAAGUUUGUCUUACAAACUGCUUCAUUUUUCGUCCUCUGUUGCACAAGCUUCGACUGACUCAAAACCCCAGUUGUUUACCGAAGAUGACACGGAAUCUUUCGAAAGGGAAGAUCACAAUAACGUUGAAGAUGUGGGAUCACCCUGGGAAGGGGCUAUUAUUUAUAAAAGAAACCCUUCUAUUACUCAUGUGGAAUAUUGCACAACUUUAGAGAGGCUUGGCUUAGGAAGGCUUUCUACUGAAAUCUCAAAGUCUAAGGCUUCAGCAAUAGGGUUACGUGUCACAAAAUCUGUCAAAGAUUAUCCACAUGGAACACCUGUUCAGAUCUCGAUUGAUGUCACAAGGAAGAAGCAAAAGUUGAGGCUUGAUGGAAUCAUAAAAACUGUCAUCACCCUUGACUGCAAUAGGUGUGCUGAACCAGCGGCUGAACUUGUAUUCUCUAACUUCUCACUCUUACUGACUGAACAACCUAUUGAUGAGCCGGAUAUUAUUGACAUGGGAACAGUAUAUGGGGCGGACAAAUAUAAGCCAUCUAAGGGAAACAUUGAAGAAGAUGAUGAUGAUUCAAUUGAUUGGGAUGAUCGACUGCAUUUUCCUCCAGAAGAAAAAGAAAUUGAUAUUUCAAAGAAUAUAAGAGACACAGUGCAUGUGGAAAUUACUAUAACUGCGAUUUGUGAUCCAAAGUGCAAGGGGGCAUGCCUCAAAUGUGGUACAAAUUUGAACACUAGUAAAUGUAACUGUAGCAAAGAGCAAGUUCUUCAGGAGCAAACUUAUGGUCCCCUUGGAAACUUGAGAAAACGAAUGGAAGGGAAAUGAGGGUGGUUGAGUGCAAAAUAAGUUAUGAGUUCAUGAAAAUACCUUUGUGGUUCUCUGUUUGUUUAACUUUUUUGUGUGCUUUUAAUUAACAAACAUAUUAUUGUAAUAGCUUCAAUAUAUUUGCACUUGAUGAUGAAAUUAUACAAGAUUUUAUAGACUAAAUAAAUAAUCCAACUCCUUAGUUUUA